AUGUCUUCCAUCGCUAUGUCCAAUGAUCGCCACGUCCGUUUCAGCAAUGAGCUCGCAAAACCUUCCUCAGACCGCCACCGUAUCGAUGGACUGGUAUAUCCAAGAGUCGCUCAGAUCAAAGGAGAAGCCAACAAACAGGAUUCUUUCGAUUUCUACUGGAAGUUCGAGUGUUUGUCUGCUGUAUCUCGGGUUGGAACAAUGGGCACGAUAGAAGUUAAAGGGGACGAAAGAAUUACCAUUAGCCCUCAUCUCUCACAGCAGGUCCAGUGUCCUCCCAACCCGUCUCGUUCCCCACGGAUGACACUCACUCAACGCAUUGGCGAAGUGACACCCAAACUAUCGUCUACACCCCUGUCGAAACUGCUUCAGAACGAGUCAACCCUCGGCGUCCUUUGCACGCCGCCAUUGCUAUGUGCUUCGAGGCUUGCCGGGGAUAGCAGUUCAUUGGACGGAGAUGCUUCCUACUCUUCUUCCACGUACUCUUCUUCCAGUUCAGAUUCGGAUUUCUAG